ACAAAACCUCAAGUUCUAACCGUGGAGGAGAUUGAGGCACAGCUGAAUUCGCCUCCUGUUCAUCAGGCAUCCGAAGUGCGUUCCACAACUGUGGACCGUAUGCCAGUUUCAGUUCCUGAGAAGUCGACCGAUGAAAUUUUCAAGCAGUUCUCCCCAAGCCCUCAUGUUGGAUCCAACUUAGCACCAAUUUUGCAGUCCCUGGCAUUGAAGCAGCAGCAGCAACAACAACAAGCUGCAUGUGCUCAGUCGGUUCACCUGAGGAGCGCAUUAAACACAAUAGGAAUGCUUUCAAAUCCCAUGGUUCGUUUGCCUACUUCGGCAAACGCUGUAUCCGCAAGUGCAAGAAUUAACCAAAUCCAACAAGCGGAUAUGUCUACGAAUUCAGGCAUGAAUGAAAUCGCCCCAGGACAGCAGGCAAUUCGCCACACAUGGGAUGGUGGGAUGACCACUGGCAAUCCGAUGCCAUCACAGCAUCUAUCGAACACCGACCCACUUGGACCAACCUCAUCCCGUCCACUCGCUCCAAAUCAUAACCAGCUGGCAGAUUUUGGUUCACGAUCCAUUUUCGGAACGUUGAACCCGACAAACCCGAGCACCACCAAUGCUCCAAGACGUCCAAUUGUCAAAGUGCAACAACCGACGAUUUCGAAUCACAGCUGUCCGUCGUUGUCACCUUUUGUCACCUCCAAUAACAUCAACUCAUCGGGAAUGUCAGGUCCAAAUUUGUCAGAUGUGGACCGUCGCCUUCUCAACUAUGCGCUCAAGCAACAGCAAAUGAAUUUCACUGAAUUACGAGGCAUUACAGACAGAUUUCCAAUAGGCCCAGCCUUACAUUCAGCAGCACCUGGCGAUGUGCGAUACCCUCCUCCUGGCCUGUCUCAGAANCAUCCAAUUGCCAAUACGAACAACAGCGCCUUCCUAGCUUCGCACGCGCGUUCCAACAUCCAAAGUGACACGGCAUUAGCGUUUCUCUCCCAGCUGGUGGAAAGAGAUCGCAUUGCCUGCCCCAGACCUAAUUUCGGACCCUUUCUGACCAGCGAAAUCAAAGCGAAAACCUUGGAGGAAAUCGAGCACCAAGAGGUGACCAGUAGUGGCUCGUUUCUUUGA